UGGGUCCUUUGAGUCAACAGCGACCAGCUCUGGUCGGGAGGAGUGGGAGGAGGUUUGUGCCCAGGCCCUUGGCUCCCCCACUUCAGUCUCUCUUGGGCUGGGAAGGGACCUGACCCGAAGGGAUGGAAGCAGAAACACAGGAAACCUAGAAGCCUGUGAUACCAGACCGAGCCGUGGUCCUGCAAGAGGUUUGGAGAUCAAGGCUCUUAGCUGGUGGGCCCUGGCCUGAGGGUGCCUCUGGAUCAAGGCAUGUGAGGUCUGCUAAAGGCAUGGCAAGUAGAACCCUGGCCCUGUGUGAGGUGAGGCUUGGUUGCCAGGUGACUGUCCGUGGCAGCCCCCUGCUGCCAGAAGGCCCCUGCUUGCUGUUGCUCAGCCCUCAGCUGCAGCCACCCUGCCCCUUCCCUGGCUACCAUGUCGCGGCAACUCAACAUGGAUACGCUGCGGCAGAACUUCUGGAAGGAGGAAUAUCUGCGGGAGAAGAUGUUGCGCUGUGAAUGGCACCGCAAGUAUGGGUCGAUGGUGAAGGCCAAGCAGAAGGCUAAGGCUGCAGCGCGCCUACCCCUCAAACUGCCCACCCUGCACCCCAAAGCCCCACUCCCGCCUCCACCUGCCCCCAAGGCAGUGCCUACCGAGGCCCCCAGCCCCGCCCCGGAGACUCCUAUUCAGUCAGAAAUGCUCCCGGUCCCGCCUGCCACCCGGGCCCUGCUGUAUGAAGGCAUCUCCCACGACUUCCAGGGCCGCUACUGCUACCUCAACGCCCGAAAACUGGACCUGCCAGAGAUGCGCUACCUCUUCCCCAUCACCACCAGCUUCACGUAUGGCUGGCAGCUGGGCCCCCCAGUGAAGCAAGAACUGGUCUCCUGUAAGAUGUGCCGCACUGAAUCGUUCUUCCGAAAGAAUGGGGCCUUCUCGCUGCUUGACCCUCAGGACCUGGCGCUCUGACGUUGGCGGGGCAGUGGACUUAGGGGAGG